AUGGCGCGCACAGACCUUUUUCAAGGGUGUGGCACCAUGUUGAGUAGAAAACCUGCUGCCAUUCAAUAUGGAACUGGUUCAAUUGCUGGUUUUUUAAGUGAGGAUAGCGUUACAUUGGGUGAUCUGGUUGUGAAGGAUCAGGAAUUUAUUGAAGCUACAAAGGAGCCAGGCCUUACCUUCAUGGUUGCAAAAUUUGAUGGCAUUCUUGGGCUAGGCUUUUAG